GGUUGAGAUUAAUGCUACAAAUGAAAGCAAGAAGAGAACAAUUCAUAUUAAAGAGAACUUCAAAAUGGUGUCAAGGGAGCAUAAGAAAGCUGCACAAUUGCAUGACAAGCUGCAACUUCUUAGAUCUGUUACAAACUCUCAUGCAAAGGAAGAUUCAUCGAUCGUAAUUGAUGCAUCAAAGUACAUACAAGAGCUCAAACAGAAAAUAGAUACACUGAAUCAAGACAUUGCUCAAAGCUCGAGCUACCAGAACUCGUGGCCAAUGGUUACGGUAGAAAACGUAGAAAAGGGAAUUCAAGUGAAUGUUUAUUCAGAAAGAAGCUGCCCUGGUUUACUAGUUUAUGUGUUGAAAGUUUUUGAAGAAUUGAAUCUCAAUGUGUUGGAAGCUAGGGUUUCUUGUACAGGAAGCUUUCACCUUGAAGCACUUGGAGUUGAGAAUGAAGAAAAUGGGGAAAGCGUAGACACUCGUUUGGUGAAACAAGCGGUGUUGCAAGCAAUUGAAGACUGGAGUAGUAGUGAAAGCAAUGACGACCAAGACUACUAAUUGUUAAUCAAAAUAAAUGAUGAGAUCGAUUUUCUCGAUCGAUCAUAUAAUUAAUUUCUUCAAUGUUCUAUAUAUAUAUAUUCUUGGCUUCGAUCGGUUUAUUAUAUCUAUAAUUAUUAAUUAGUAGUGAUGUAAAAUUCAAGGAAAUAGCUUGCUAGCUAGCCUUCGAGUAUCAUCAAGUAAUUGAAAUCAAAGCAUUUUGAGGUAAA